GUGGGGGCGGGGUGCGGCCAUGUUGUCUCCCCGGCGGAAGGAGCCGGGUGGCAGUUCUUCGCCCGUCCCGGAGCAGAGCCAGCGCUCCUCUACGGCCCGCGAGCCGAGCGGUGGCUCCACCAUGGAGGAGAGCGGCGGAUUCCGGCUGUCGGCAGAGUGCCUGGACGAGCCUCCCAACAGCCGCGUUUUCGUGGUGCUGGGCAAGGACGCGGGCGAGGCGCUGAUUCGGGAGCGCUUCGCCCCGUUCGGGGACAUCCAGAACAUCUGGCUGCUGCGCGACAAGCGCACCAACGAGUCCCGAGGCAUCGCCUUCAUCAAGUUCGCCCGCAGCUCGCAGGCCUGCCGGGCCAUGGAGGAGAUGCAUGGCCGCAGCCUGGCCCCCGAUACCAAGCCUAUCAAGGUAUUUAUUGCACAGUCAAGAGCUUCUGGAAGCCACCGAGAUGUUGAAGAUGAGGAGCUUACACGAAUCUUUGUUAUGAUACCAAAGACCUAUACAGAGGAAGAUCUGCGAGAGAAGUUUAAGAUGUAUGGAGACAUUGAGUAUUGCAGCAUCAUUAAAAACAAGACUACUGGAGAAAGCAAAGGUUUGGGCUAUGUGCGGUACUUAAAACCAUCGCAAGCUGCCCGAGCAAUUGAGGAGUGUGAUCGAAGCUAUCGAGCCAUUUUGGCUGAACCGAAAAACAAGUCACCUGAAUCUUUUGAACAUGAAUAUUAUAGCAAUAACGCAAGGCAAGAACCAAGGGGAAAUGUAUUUCCAUUUUGUGCUCAGCCAGAGUUUUGUAGUUUUGAAAAAAAUGAGACCAGGAUUCAGGAGUCAGUCUCCAAACGUCUGUCAGUGGUAUCACGGCUUCCUUUUAUCCAAGAACAGCUGUUUGCCCUCUUUGAUCUAGUCCCAGGACUGGAGUAUUGUGAUGUUCAGCGAGAUCCUCAUACUAAUAAUGGGUAUGCUGUGAUUCAGUACAGUACAGCUGCAUCAGCUAUAUAUGCCAAGUAUAAGCUACAUGGGUUUGAGUAUCCUCCUGGAAACAGAUUAACUGUCAUUUUUCUGGAAGAUGGGAAUGAUAGUUCAGACCUCAUCAGAAAAAUGGCAACACAACUGGUAACAGCACAUAUGACCUCAGUGUUGCGAAAUAAUAACACAGUUGUUCAGCAGUAUAGGACACCUCCUCAGGCAUUUGGAGGAACCUCUGGCUCACCAUUACUUCAGCCCCAAACCGAUGCUUUGCUUCCACCACCCAAGAAAAAAGUUCCACCUGACACUUCUGUGAAGGAAAGGCUUUUCGUACUUUUUCAUCCUCAUCCUUUACCUGUGACUGUAUUGGAGGAUGUUUUCUGUCGUUUUGGAAAUUUAAUAAAAGUUUAUCUCGUGGCUGGAAAAAAUGUGGCCUAUGCAAAAUUUGCAGACAGAGCAAGUGCCAGCGAGGCCAUAACUGCGUUACAUGGCAAGAUUGUGAACGGUGUCAGACUUAAAGUAAGGUUGGCAGACUCCCCCACAGAGGAAUCUAACAAACGUCAGAGAACCUACUAAGUAGUAAUAGCAUGGUAAAGGUGGUAAGUAGAAUUUUGCAUGCUUAUCUGCAAAUGACUUCGAUUUCAGCUGUGCUCAUUGACUGUAGCUUCUGCUGGCAUUUAACAGCAGAAGAUUAUCUCAUUUUCCUUCUGAAAAUGAGAUAAUACUUUUCAUAAAUUAUGCUAAAUGAUGUCCACUAGAAAUUUUGUCCAUUUACUGAAUCUCACCUGCAUGGUCUGCAGGAGUGCCUUUUGCUUGUGUAACUGUAGAAAGAUACUAAUAAUUUGUUUAUGUUGCCACAAUGUCUACAUUAAAGUAUAUCUGAUCAUUAAGUGAAAUAAGGCUGUUCUCCAGAGCUGUGUUUUGACAGUCUGACUGCAGUUAGUCCCUCCACUGGAUCUCCUCCCUGAGACCUUUCUCUUUGGUGCUAACAGGGUGCUACUGCAGUACCUAAAGUGGGAGCAGAGCCCAGGCUCUUUCUCUUCCUGUUAAUGGUCCAUUUUUUGACCCAAGAUAUUCAGUCAUAUUAUUUCUGCUCUGUCUGCAGAGAUCUAAUCUAAUGUCUGCAGUGCCAGGUUACUAUGUCAGUAUGUAAGAGGCAAAAGGAAAAAGAACAACUGUGGAAAUGGAAGCAGCUGAAGGUGAAAAAAGCAUGUGGUUAUGUCCAAUUUGAGAGCAUCGCAUGUUCUCAGCAUACCACUUCUCUAAACUUUUAAAUGCUUUGUCAGAGACCCUGCUGAAGUUCCCCAUGGAAUUUCACAUUUGAGUUGCAGUUAUACUGAUUAAAAGUGUCUGCAAAACUAACUGAAGAAAAAAUUAUAAGUGAAUGGAAGGCUAACUGUACCAAGUUGACUGAAUGGUAUAGCAAAGGCACAGCCUACAGCCUUGCUAGGUAAUUCACCCCCCUUUUCCAGCAGAGGUCUCUGGUCUCCUGGAUGUACCUAACAUGCAUAGGGUGCAACUACUAUUGAAAUUACCUUACUCCCUUUUAACAUAAUCAACUCAAAUGUAGAAUUUAGAAAAGAAAGGGACUGUUUUCUGCAUUCGUAGGUUGAAAUACCCUCAGACGAUUCUCAAUUUUUAACACAUGAUUCAAAACUUUUUUUCUGGUAUUCUAAUUGAGAAGACAGAAUCCUAGUUCAUCUUCUUCCUGUGAAUUACUUUUUAAUUUUUUUUUUUUCCACAGCCACUUAUUUUUGAAAUACGAAUAAUCUGUUUUCACUUGCGUGAAUUCCAUGUGUGUGUUUGAUUAUUUUAACUUGUUGUUCCAGAGCCUUGCCUUACUUUGCAUAGUUAGCCUGAUAGCUUUACAACUAUCAUGAAAGUAGAAAAUUUUUCUAGUAGACACCCAAGAACAGCGUAUAAAAAACACCUCUUUCUCUCA